UUACGACUAGGUCUUUUGGCUUUUGCUUUUACGAUCGUGUAUCCCACGUCUUCAUGUAUUUUGGAGUGAUUAAAUCGUUAAUAAAUAUAUUUAAAGCAUUUCAAUCAAAGUGAAACGGAAUAUACCAAAAUGCAAGGACCAGCAGUGUUUAUGGAUAUAUCCCUUGAGGAUCAAGCUCUAGAGUUAAGGAAGUAUUUUAAGAACCUUGGUGCAGAAAUUUCUGAAGAAAAGUCUCCUAAAGGUAUAGAGGAUGAUCUACACAAAAUCACUGGUGUUUGUGAUAAUUGUUUUAAAGAGAACAAUGAGGCAGACAUUGAAGCAGUUCUUAACAGUAUUGUAUCUAUAAUGGUAUCUAUACCACUAGAACGCGGUGAGAAUCUUAUUGUGGCAUUUAGUCAGAGAUUAGGCAAAGCUCCAGAACCUAAACUUGGAUUGAUUUCAUUACAAGCUCUGUGGCGUUUGUAUAAUAAUUUGGAGCCCAACUCUCCACUCCGGUACAAUGUUUAUUACCAUGUAAUAGAACUUGCAGCACGAAUUGGUGCAGUGGGAGAUGUCUUUAAAGGUGUUGAACAACUCAAAAAGGAGUUUGCAUCUUGCCCACCAACCAGUGAGCAAAUGCAAAAAUUGUAUAGAUUAUUGCAUCAAGUCUUGAAAGAUAAUAACAGUGAACUGGCUUCAAAAGUUAUGAUUGAGUUGUUAGGCACUUACACAGAUGAGAACGCUUCGUAUGCAAGAGAAGAUGCCAUAAAAUGUAUAGUAACUGCUUUGGCAGACCCCAACACAUUCCUUUUGGAUCCCUUACUAGAGCUCAAACCAGUACGUUUUUUGGAAGGAGAAGUCAUUCAUGAUUUACUGUCCAUUUUUGUAUCAGAAAAACUGUCAAGCUACCAAAAGUUUUACGAAAAUCACAAGGAAUUUGUACAUUCCCAAGGCCUAAAUCAUGAGCAGAACAUCAAGAAGAUGAGAAUAUUAUCAUUCAUGCAGAUCGCAGAGUCGAACCCUGAACUCUCAUUUGAUGAAAUUACUUCAGAAUUACAAAUUGACGAGAAAGAUGUAGAAGGCUUUAUUAUUGAAGUUCUGAAAACUCGCUUAGUUCGCGCACGCGUGAAUCAAGCGCAACGUAUGGUCCGCGUGUCCAGCACGAUGCAUCGCACCUUUGGCCCCGCCCAGUGGCAACAUCUGCGGGACGUAUUGGUCGCGUGGCGUGCCAACGUGAACCAAGCUCACGAAUCUAUGAAAUCCGUUACCACUGCGCAGGUGGAGUACGCAGCACAGCAGCAGAAGGCUUAAAUUAUGGAUAUGUUACACGUUCAACUGUCUCUGGGUGGCGCUGGAUGCAAUAAUUCAGGAAAUUUUCUUAUGCGAAGGACUUCUUUGUAUGAUGUAAAAGUGAAUUUAUAUAUUAUAAACUGUUCUUCGAUUCAGAUAUAAACAUAUUUUGAAUUCAUAUUUCUAGAGAUAGUUUUUUGUCGUAACCAAAUAUACCGUUAAAAUGUUGGAAUUUCAUCUUGUCUUAAUUUUCAAAAAGUUGCCAUUGCGAUGUACUUUAAAAAUAGAUUUAAUGUUUUAAAUAUGCUCAUGUUCUUGUCACGGGGACCGCGAUGAUAAAUAUAAGUUCCACAUGUAAUUUGUAAUAGAUUGUCACAAUUUUGUAUGGAGACUUUUUCGAGGAAAUAUAAUAUGUAACGAGUCAA